AUGUCCAUAUUUUCCAAGCCGAACCGAGGCUUCCUGCUGAACGUGGACCGUAAUCCCAUCUUGCAUGGUAUCUUGAAAAAGACUUUCUAUGAGCAGUUCUGUGCUGGAGAGAACGGGGGAGAGACCAAGGCUACCAUUAAAGAGCUGAAGGAUAUGGGAUUCCGCGGUGUCAUUAUGACAUAUGCCAAAGAAACUGUUUUUGACCACAGUACCAAUAUGGAACAGGGACUUGGUGUUGCAGCUCUGAAAAGUGAAAAUAAAGGCCAGGAGUUGGAUCCCAGUUUGGCUCGUUGUGCCAACAUCGAAGCAUGGCGGAAAGGAACAAUGGAGACCGUCGAGCAAUUAGAAGAUGGGGACUACCUCGCUGUGAAGCUGACCGGAGCCGGUCCUACGGUCACCAAAGCCUUCUCCGCCGGAGAACUACCUCCGCAACAGAUGCUAGAUGCCCUGGAUGAAAUGUGCACCCGAUGUAAAGAGCGCAAAGUCCGCAUUCUCGUCGACGCCGAGUCCCAGCAUUUCCAAUGGGGCAUCCACCGAGUUACCCUCAACCUGAUGCGCCGGUACAACCGCGACGGAUACGCCCUAGUCUACAAUUCUUACCAAGCAUAUCUCAAAAGCACAUUCGACACUUUAUCCAAGCACCUCGCCGCUGCUCAGGAAGAUGGCUUCACCCUCGGCCUCAAGCUUGUCCGUGGUGCAUACAUGGCCUCGGAUAAGCGAUCCCUGAUCCACGACACCAAGACAGACACCGAUAACGCAUACAACACAAUUGCCCAGGGCGCAUUGAAGCAAACCAUCGGCGAAUUCGGUGUCUCCAAGCCAUUCCCUUCUACAAACCUCUUCCUAGCCAGCCACAACAGAGAGAGCGUCAUGGAUGCCCACCAGCUCCAUAAGCAGCGCCUAGCUGCCGGCUUGCCUACCGUGCCUGUUGGCUUUGCGCAACUACACGGAAUGUCCGACGAAGUGAGCUUCUCGCUCUUGGCACUCAAAGGGAAAGACGGUACCCCCGAAGUCUACAAGUGUUCUACAUGGGGCGGCAUGGGUGAAUGUCUAGCCUAUCUGCUGCGGAGAGCGAUUGAAAACCGGGAUGCAGUGCUACGCACGAGUGAUGAGUAUAAUGCGCUAAAGUCGGAGUUCAGGCGCAGAAUUAGGGCGCUGUUUUCUCUUUCCGCUUAG